AUGUCGAUGCGUGGGGGCAUGUGUUCACUAGUAGCUUUCCUCAUGCUGUGGUCAUGCCUUUCCCAGCGACAGGGGACUAACACGCCAACUGAUUAGCUCCGCUGCUGAGGUGGGGCUGGGUUGUGUGGCUUGCCGAGAACCCGCUGUGGCGCUCUGCCCCCAGUGACGACGGGUGAAGCUCCAAUCCAAGAUGUUUGCGUUGAAUUGAGCCUCACUCCCCGACGACGAUCGUGACGUUCCAACGACAACUGUUCCGCCCACACCACGAAUCAGCUUCUGCGUGGCCCACCAUGUCGUCAGGAUACGGCCUGAACGGCGGACCGUCUCGGUGCUUCCCCUUCUGGCAGGAGAUGCUUGCAUGCUACGUCGUCAACUCGUCCUCGGAGGAUACCGCGGGAAGGAAGAAGUGCGCGCCCGCACUGGAGGAUUAUUAUGAGUGCCUGCAUCACAAGAAAGAGGCGGCCAGAGUCGCGGCGGUACAAACCGCAUAUAGAAAGGCCGAGGCGGAAGGGGUCAGAGAAGCUCCUCCGACGGCGGGUCAAAUACGAAACCUUGGACUGCUGAACCAGGAGCAGGACACGAAGAAGGUACUGGGUGGAAGCUAGAUGGAUAGGCAAAAUAGCACGAACCCCCUUCCUCUGUGUAUAUUUCUUUGCUCUCUUGGCCGUCAUCAUCUUGGGCUGGAUUGAGCUCUGGACUCGUGAUGGGUUUGGCGGGGUGCCAGAAUCUCUCGGCGUUGCUAGGGAGCUCGCAGAUCCCGUGAUCCUCCUUGAAAUACAUCUACCUACCCUCCACACCCCCUUUUCAGUUCUACCCAUUGGCCCAAGAACUGUUUUCCACAGACUCGAGAAAGCCAUGUAUUAGAAGGAGCUUCUGUUUUCAAUCUCUCAGCAGUAAGAUAACUUGAUGAGCUGGCGAUUCUUGAAGUCGGAAGGCACACAUUAUCCACCAGGAUGAAAGUCGUACCUUCCUCAAAUUCAUCUGAAUCAUCUGAGCCCGCCCUCUCAGCCCGCAUUCACUCUAAUCCCAAGCACCCACCUGGGUAGGCCAGGCUUGUGACCCUUUCUUC